GCUCGAUGUUUCCUCUUUCCUCUGUAAUAAAGGAGAUAACGGUGGAUCUCCUCUCUCAGCUCUAAUGGCUCCAUUUCUGUUCCUGUUGUUAUUUCUCUCUGAAGCAGCUUCUGACCAGAUUGAGGUACCAGUGAAUCCUGGAGAUGAUGUCACUCUGUCAUGUCAGGCUGCUGGUUCCUCCAUCAGUGUUGUAAAGUGGAGCAGACCUGACCUGGAGCCAGAUAUCGUCUUCUUCUACAUCGAUGGACGCUUGGAUCCAGACAACCAGAAUCCAUCCUUUAAGGACAGGGUGGAGCUGGUGGACAGAGAUCUGAAGGACGGAGACGUGUCUUUAAAGCUGAAGAAUGUGAACAGACACGACACUGGGACAUACACGUGUGGAGUUAAAACUGGUGAUACUGACCCAAUCAGAACUAUCACAACUAUCAGAACUAUCAGAACCGUCCGUCUGCAGGUUCCAGAGCGAGGUUCUGAGGAUAGAAACUCCUCUCCUGGAGGCCGAGACGGUGGACUGGUAGCAGGUGUUCUGGUUGUUCUGGUUCUUGUAGCUGCUGCAGUGGGUGGUGUCCUGAUGUAUAGAAGACGUCAGAAGAAGAGACCAGGACCACCUGCUGCAUCACCCGACCUGACUGUAACAGUGGAUCCUGGAGAUGAUGUCAUUCUACCAUGUCAGGCUGCUGUUGUAAAGUGGACCAGACCUGACCUGGAGCCAGAUAUCGUCUUCUUCUACAUCGAUGGACGCUUGGAGACAGACGUCCAGCAUCCAUCCUUUAAGGACAGGGUGGAGCUGGUGGACAGAGAGCUGAAGGACGGAGACGCGUCUUUAAAGCUGAAGAAUGUGAGCAGACACGACACUGGGACAUACACGUGUGGAGUUAAAACCGAUGAUACUGACCUAAUCACAACUAUCAGAACUAUCAGAACCGUCCAUCUGCAGGUUCCAGAGCGAGGUUCUGAGGAUAGAAACUCCUCUCCUGGAGGCCGAGACGGUGGACUGGCUGCAGGUGUUCUGGUUGUUCUGGUUCUUGUAGCUGCUGCAGUGGGUGGUGUCCUGAUGUAUAGAAGACGUCAGAAGAAGAGACCAGGACAGUCUGCUGCAUCACCCGACCUGACUGUAACAGUGUAUCCUGGAGAUGAUGUCAUUCUACCAUGUCAGGCUGCUGGUUCCUCCAUCAGAACUCUAAAGUGGAGCAGAGAGGACCUGGAUCCAGAGACCGUCCUCUUAUACAGAGAUGGAGACUUGGAACUAGACCACCAGCAUCCAGACUUUAAGGACAGGGUGGAGCUGGUGGACAGAGAUCUGAAGGACGGAGACGCGUCUUUAAUUCUGAAGAAUGUGAGCAUCAACGACACUGGAACAUACGAGUGUCGAGUCAAAACUGAUGAUACUGACCUAAUCAGAACCAUCAGAAUCAUCUGUCUGCUGGUUCCAGGUCCAGACCUACCUGUGGUAACAGUGGAUCCUGGAGAUGAUGUCAUUCUGCCAUGUCAGGCUGCUGGUUCCUCCAUCAGAGCUGUAAAGUGGACCAAACGUGACCUGAAGCCAACAGAUAACGUCCUCUUAUACAGAGAUGGACACUUGAAAACAGAUGAACAGCAUCCAUCCUUUAAGGACAGGGUGGAGCUGGUGGACAGAGAUCUGGAGGACGGAGACGUGUCUUUAAAGCUGAUGAAUGUGAACAGACACGAUGCUGGAAUAUACGAGUGUCAAGUUGCAUCAGGUGACUCAUUCAGAUUCAUCAGAAUCCUCCGUCUGCAGGUUACACAUCCAGUUCCAGUGAUAGAAACUCCUCUCCUGGAGGUCUCCUCCAUGGACUGACAGCAGCUGUUCUGGUUCUUGUAGCUGCUGCAGUGGUUGGUGUCCUGAUAUAUAAAAGAUGUCAGAAGAAGAGAUCAGGACAACCUGCUGAUGAUGAUGAUGAUGAUGAUGAUGAAGCAUUUUUCCGCCAUGAAUCUUGACUUUACCGUGGUGUGUGGGGGGGGGGUCUGUGUAUCUGAGUCUGAGAUCCUCUAGGGUCUCCAUGAUGAGAUGGUCCAGAGGAGGGUCAGACUGAGAGAUUAGAUUCAUAUUAACUUUAUCUUUAGAGAACUAGAACAUUUACUCGAGUAAAAGUUGCUUCAAAGAAAAACUAAUUUUACUUAACUCAAAGUACUUUUACUUUAAAUACAUUUUCCUCAAAGUAAAACAAAAUAACUCCAUAUUCAAACAUGUUCAGAUAAAAGUCAAAUGUAGGUCAGUUAUAAUGUUGUUUAAGAUCAGAGUGAUGUUUGACUGAAGAACACAGAGAUGUUCAGACAAUAUCAACUCAGCAGUAGUACACAGAAAUACUUUGCUCCACUAAACUGAAUGUAACAAUAAUCUACUCAACUCUGAGCUGUAUCUCUGCAAGCUUUUAACAGGAAAUGAUGUUUGUUUAGUUGUAAAUAUCAGCAGACGGAGCCCCCCCCAAAUAUCUUCUAAUCAGGUGUAGAGAGAUCUUCAUCAUGUCUUCUGUUUGGUGUUUUGGUAAUAAUACAUUUAUAUGGAGGGAAUUUAAAUGAUUGUUUUCUGCUCGGACAUAUAAAGGCUCGUGUUGCUAAGUGUUAUAUUUCCAGCUGAUGAUUUAAUAUCAACUAACAUUGAACAGUUUAAACUGAGGAGUUGAUGACAUUGUGAAUAUUGUUGUUAUUGUAAUUAUAAAAUCAUCUGAUGAUCAGAAUAUCUCAGGGGGACAUAGAGGACCAGUCUGUCUCUAAAUAAGACCUUCAACUGGAUUAUUAUCUAUGAAAUAGAUUAACAUGAUGUUUCUAAAGGAAAUGUUAUGAAAUGUGAACUAUACCAAAGUGAUGAUCUUUGAAAUCAGUUGAUAAAUAUUUAAUAUGAAUGAAUGGAUGAAAUAAUAAUGAUCAGAGACAUGAUGGAAGUUAAUAACUCAGUUUUAAUAUUCAGAUACAUUAAUGCACUUUAAACUGUUUUACUCUUAUCUUAUUUUAAUAAAUACUUUAUUUUGCUA